CGUUUUAACCAAUCAGUUACACAUGCUUAACGUCACGUCAGGUUUAUUUCAGACUCAAGCCUUUCCUAUAGUAUGUAUUUUUUAACUGCGCAUCCCGGAAGUCUGUGGCUGCGCGCACCACCAUCCUCACCGCCUCUGCACGCAGAUGACACGCACAGAGGAGGAGGUGACGGGGAUUAGAGCUGCUCCUCAUCAUUAAACGAUCAGAGGAGAAACAUGGGAAAUACGGACUCAAAGCUUAAUUUCAGGAAGGCGGUGAUACAGCUGACCACUAAAACUCAGCCAGUAGAAGCCACAGAUGAUGCAUUCUGGGAUCAGUUUUGGGCUGACACCACCACCACUGUUCAGGAUGUGUUUGCUCUGGUGCCCGCUGCUGAGAUUCGAGCUGUAAGGGAAGAAUCUCCCUCCAAUCUGGCAACACUGUGUUACAAGGCUGUGGAGAAGUUGGUUCAGAGUGCAGAGUCGGGAUGUCCUACAGAAAAAGAGAAGCAGACUGUGUUGAACUGCACUCGUAUGCUUGCUCGAAUUUUGCCCUACAUCUUUGAGGACCAGGACUGGAGAGGGUUUUUCUGGUCCACCAUUCCUGGUGCUGGCAGAACAGGGAUGGAUGAUAUGGAGGAGGAUGAGGAUGAUGACGAAGGUGCCCGUCCACUGGCUGAGUCUCUGUUACUGGCUCUGGCAGACCUGCUCUUCUGUCCGGACUUCACCGUUCACAGCCAUAAAAGAGGACGACCUGAUUCGGUUGAGGACAUGCAGUCAUUGGACAGUUGUGAGUAUAUUUGGGAGGCAGGAGUGGGCUUCGCUCAGUCGCCCCCUCUCAACUACAUCCAUGAUUUGAACAGGACUGAGCUGUUGAGGUUACUGCUCACAUGUUUCUCAGAGGCCAUGUACCUUCCUCCAACAUCAGAUAACAGCAUUCUCAACCCCUGGGUCACCUUCUUCUGUUCCACUGAAAACAGACACGCCCUGCCUCUCUUCACCUCCCUGUUGAACGUGGUGUGCGCGUAUGACCCGGUGGGUUACGGGAUUCCCUACAACCACCUGCUCUUCGCUGACUACCGUGAGCAGCUGGUGGAGCAGGCCGUACAGAUCCUCAUUGUGACCCUGGAGCAUGAGGGAGCACAGCCGUACCGUCCCCCCUCCCCUUCCAGCAUGGAGGACCAGGAUUCUUCUGGUCCACAUAAUCUCUUCGUGAACUACUUGUCCAGAAUUCACAGAGAGGAGGAUUAUGACUUUGUUCUAAAAGGUUUGGCACGUCUCCUGACUAACCCACUGACUCAAACCUACCUGCCCAAUUCAACCAAAAAGAUCCAGUUUCACCAAGAACUGCUGGUCCUCUUCUGGAAACUCUGUGACUUCAACAAAAAGUUCUUGUUUUUUGUACUGAAGAGCAGCGAUGUGUUGGACAUAUUAGUGCCUAUACUCUAUUAUCUGAAUGAUGCUCGAGCUGACCAGUCACGGGUGGGUCUCAUGCACAUCGGUGUCUUUAUUCUUCUGCUUUUGAGUGGAGAGAGGAACUUCGGGGUGCGUUUGAAUAAGCCCUUCUCUCUACAUGUACCCAUGGACGUCCCUGUGUUCACAGGCACACAUGCUGACCUACUGAUCGUGGUUUUCCACAAGAUAAUAACCAGCGGCCAUCAGAGGUUGCAGCCGCUCUACGACUGCCUGCUCACUAUUGUAGUUAAUGUGUCUCCAUACCUGAAGAGUCUUUCCAUGGUGGCGGCCAACAAGCUCCUUCAUCUUCUGGAGGCUUUCUCCACCAACUGGUUCCUGUUUUCUGCUCCUCAGAACCAUCAUCUGGUCUUCUUCUUGCUGGAGGCCUUCAAUAACAUUAUUCAGUAUCAGUUUGAUGGUAACUGUAACUUGGUGUACGCCAUCAUCCGCAAGCGAAAUGUUUUCCAUCAGCUGGCCAACCUGCCCUCUGACCCCGCCUCCAUUCAGAAGGCCCUACAGAAGAAGAAGAAGUCUCCGGAUGCUAUUUCUCGCACAAGCUCACAGGAGACUGUGUCAAUGGAGGGCUCGCGCCCGGCUGUACCCGCUGAGCCAGGCACUCUGAAGGCCAGCCUGGUAGCUAUGCCAGGCAUCGAUAAACUGACAGAGACGUCCCAGGUUUCAGAAGAUGGGACCAUGAUAGCGGUUCCACAGACAGAACCACCACGAACCCCAGAACACAGCUGCCCGGCUGGGACCAGCGACACCGAAUCGAUCUCAGGACGAGACACCGAGGAUGUCUUCUACACUGAGGCAGAGAUGGCGAGGAGACGUCUGUCCAGCACAUCAACAACUAUCAGCCACUGGAAUCCCAAACCUGACUGGGUCCUGUCCUGGAAGAGCAAACUCCCACUGCAGACCAUCAUGCGUUUACUGCAGGUCCUGGUACCGCAGGUGGAAAAAAUCUGCAUUGAUAAGGGUCUGACGGAUGAAUCUGAGAUCCUGAAGUUUUUACAGCAUGGUACUCUAGUGGGUUUGUUGCCUGUGCCUCACCCGAUUCUCAUCAGGAAAUAUCAGGCAAACGCAGGGACCGCCAUGUGGUUUCGCACGUACAUGUGGGGCGUCAUUUACCUACGUAACGUGGAUCCACCCAUCUGGUAUGACACUGAUGUGCGUCUCUUUGAGAUUCAGAGGAUGUAAAAGCAGCUUUGGUGGACCCGCAGGCUUCAUUUUGCUUUAAGAUGUUCCACUUACUCAGAGAAGAGGUGAUGACAGACUGUGAAACUGUGUGAGGAUCGAUGGUGGCGGUCAGCAUGAUAAAGCACCUAAAUAUAACCCUGUGCUCCGAUAACAGAGUACUGUAUGUGCCUGUAGCUUAGACGUCUGUUCAGAGGAAAAUAUCUCACUGUGCUUUUUAUGAGAAUAUGACCAUCAAGAUCUUUGUCAAUUAUUUGACCUGGCUCCCGAUUGAUAUUACCACAAGAGGGCGAUCACGCUAAAUCAUUUAUUUUAUUCUUUUAUGUUUACUGUUUGUACAUAUGUAUUUGGCCAGUGGCUGAUUUCAAUGUUUUUUGCCAGUAUUGAAAUACUAUACCAUAAAACUGUACAAAUGAGUAGUUUCCAAAGAUGAUGGUGUAUCAAUAUAGCUCUAUUUUUGUCUGCAUAUCAGUUUUGCUGAUGAAAUUCUGUAAAUAUUCAGCUUGAUGUUUAUUCAUUAUAUAGAUAUAUGAAACAGAUGUUGAUUAUUCGAUGUUGAAUGGUGUCUGUCUGCGUAUUAUAUUCUGUAUUGUUUAACAUGCUGAUGACUCUAACCAGAAUGUUUUAAUUUAUUUGUGACAGUAUUUAGACAAGGUUAUGUUCAUGUAUUUUAAUUUGUGCUUGUAUCCUAAUUUAAUCUGUGGUUUUAUCAAUAAUAUGACUUUGAAUGUA